AUGGAUGAGGAGAAAAUGAGCCUGACUGUUUCGGACGCCGUGGACUACAAAGGCUCCCCAGCCGACAGGUCCAAAACGGGCGGUUGGAUUACUGCUGCACUUAUCCUAGGGAUUGAAAUCGUCGAAAGGCUGUCGACAAUGGGGAUAGCCGUGAACCUGGUGACAUACCUUGGUGGGGUGAUGCACCUGCCGAGCUCGACUUCAGCCAACAUUGUAACCGACUUUAUGGGCACGUGCUUUCUCCUGUGCAUGCUCGGUGGAUUUAUCGCAGAUUCUUUCCUAGGAAGAUACAAAACCAUCGCCAUCUUCUCCGCUGUCCAAGCACUGGGAACUGGCAUGCUUGCUGUGACAACCGCCUUGCCCCAGCUCCGGCCACCACCCUGCCACCACCACCCUACCACCACCAUGUGCAAGCCAGCAAACGGGUUUCAAAUGGGCAUGCUCUACUUGGCCCUUUACCUCAUAGCCCUGGGCACCGGUGGCCUAAAGUCGAGCGUGUCGGGUUUCGGGACGGACCAGUUUGACGACAAGGACGAACGGGAGAAGGCGCAGAUGGCUUACUUCUUCAACCGAUUCUUUUUCUUCAUCAGCAUCGGGACCCUCACAGCCGUCACAGUGCUCGUCUACAUUCAGGACGAGAUCGGCCGCAGCCUGGCAUACGGUAUUUGCACAGUCGCCAUGCUGGCGGCCAUAGUGGUUUUCCUGUCGGGGACCAAAAGGUAUAGGUUCAAGAAAAGUGCGGGAAGCCCUAUCGUUCAGAUUUGCCAGGUCGUCUCGGCUGCUGUCUGGAAGAGGAAGAUGAGACUUCCUUACGAUGUGGGCAUGUUGUACGAGGACACACCCGAGUCCUCGAGAAUCGCGCAUACACAACAGUUCAGUUUCCUGGACAAGGCAGCAAUUGUGGCAGAAGGAGACUUGGAGAAGAAUUUCAGUUGUUACAACCCUUGGAAGCUCUGCCCGGUGACUAAGGUGGAGGAAGUAAAAAUGGUCGGGCGGCUGCUCCCGAUAUGGGCAACGACCAUUAUCUUCUGGACGACUUAUGCACAGAUGAUAACUUUCUCAGUCGAGCAAGCCUCCACCAUGGACCGAUCCAUGGGCAGCUUCCACAUCCCGGCUGGGUCCCUCACGGUCUUCUUCGUGGCCGCCAUUCUCAUCACACUCGCGUUCUACGACCGCGUGAUCAUGCCCCUCUGGAGCAAAUGGAAAGGAAAACCAGGUUUUUCGAGCUUGGAAAGAAUGGGCCUCGGGCUCUUUCUCUCCACAAUCGGCAUGGGAGUUGCGGCACUAGCCGAGAUGAAGAGACUCUCGGUAGCAAAAGCCGUCCACGGGCCGGCCGCCGAACUCCCGAUAAGCGUCUUCAUCUUGAUUCCGCAGUUCUUCUUGGUGGGAGCCGGUGAGGCCUUCAUAUACACGGGCCAGCUCGACUUCUUCAUUACGCGCUCCCCAAAGGGGAUGAAGACCAUGAGCACCGGCCUUUUCCUCACGACUAUCUCCCUCGGUUUUUUCGUCAGCAGCUUUUUGGUGUCGGUCGUGAAAAAGGUCACGACGGGCGGGGGAAGGCAGGGUUGGCUUGCCGACAACAUAAACUAUGGCCGGCUCGACUGCUUCUAUUGGUUGUUGGCUAUUCUUGGGGUCGUCAACUUUGCCGUUUAUCUCGUGUGCGCUGUCUGGUAUGGGCCGGACGGGAAGGCUAAGGCCGCCUCCACUCGGGCGGAUGACGUGGACAAGUGUUGA